AAGAAAGCAAGCAUGGCUGGCUGGCUGGCUCACUAGCUUUGCUUCUCCUCUGCAUCAGUCCUUGAAAAGCAAGGCAGAAUCAGGCCAAAGCAAAAGAAGCCCAGAAGAAAACAAGAUGCAGGAAUGCUACCACCCGCAACAGCGACUGACACAAAUCCCUGCCCCUCCCUCCUGUGCUGCUGCUUCUUCUACUCCACUCCCUUCCCCACAUUAUAAUAUGCAGCCACAUUGCAGCAGCAGCAGCCAGCGUCGUCGUCCCAGCUGCGCCACCACCGCCACUAGGACCACCUGUCCACCUCCAUUAGAAGAAGCAGAGGAGAGGGAGGGAGGAAGUGGCGCGCGGCUGCGAAGAGAGCGUACCCUGUUGGUACUAUGAGAAGGCCGGCCGGGUCCGGGAGGCGGGCGGCGGCAGCAGCAGCCAUAUUGUUGGGUGUUCUUGUUUUGAUGUCAUUGGUGGUGGUGGCGGAGAAGCCGUCUACGACGGCGAUCGGCGGCGUGGCGAUCGGAGGGAGGAGGAUGUUGUUGACAGGUGACGAAGAGGAGAUGAGGAGGUCUCUGGAGGAUUUCAGCGCCGAUGAUCCUUUCCAGGACAGCGAGAGGAAGGUGCCCAAUGGCCCUGAUCCCAUCCAUAACAGGGGGGCUGGCAAGUCGGGAAGAUCGCCAGGCCGAGCUUAGGGCACGCAUCUCGAGGCAUAGAAGCUUCCGAGGCUGAAUAUGGUGGAGCAGAGGAAUGGUUCAUUGCAUUGCAAAGAAGGAACAAAACAAGAGCUACAAUGUCAUGGUGGGUCUGGCUGGAUGUUGUGGUGUAACUAGGGGGGAGGUAGCAUGGCCUAUCUUCUUCUAAGCACUGCUAUUUAAGAGAGUGUUAAGCAUAACAGCUUUAGCUUUUUCGCGAAAACAGAGGCUGUUCUAGUGGUGGGGGGUUUCAGUUUUGUAAAGUAACCAAGCAGUGCUUCCCUCUCACAAGAAACAAGCACCAGAGAUUCUUGGCAAAGGGGGUGUGGGCAAGAACUCCUUUCUUUUUUGGCAGAAGUGACUUUAGACAUACUACUAGUACAUUCUUUUUC